AUGAAUUAUUUAAAAUCAAUCACACAUGUGAUUCGAAUCACGCCCUCUCAAUUCCAUCCAAACCCCAGCAGACUCACCUUACUCCUCCGAAGAAAUCAUUCUUUAUUAUUCAUUGUUAUAUUUUUCAUCUUGCUAUGGAUGAUUGAAUGUAUUGCUGUUUUAGGAUUAAAUUUACAACAUUCCUUCAAGGAGGAUCAAUCAUCAUCAUGCAAUCAUGAUCCACUCGACUUGAAUUUAAAAACAACAACAACAACCACUCUGAAUAUUCAUGACACUACUUUCAUACCCAUUAGUAAUAAUAUUCCUAUCAAUGAUCAUGUUAAUAAUGAUGUGAAAUAUUAUAAAUCUAAUUUUGUAAUCACUCCAUCCACAACCUCCACUCCAACCAUUAUUGGAUAUAUUAAAUUAUCGCCUUGUAUUAAAUAUUUAAAUAUUCCAAUGACACUCUAUGUGAAAGUAGUCAUGAUGAAAGAUGAUGAUGAACUGAAGAAUAUUCCAAGUAGUAGUAGUAUUAAUACUAUUAAAGACAUUACUACUAGUACGACAAGUACUAGUACCACAAGUACUACUACUACUAAUAGCAUGGAAUAUUCUUCACUCUCUCAACAACUCAAUAAUUAUCCCAUUGUUAUUCACUCCAUUUCAGAUUCUAUUUAUUAUUCCAUUAAUUUAAAAGAUUUUGCUUUGGACUCGACGACGAGUUCAUUUAUUAUUUAUAUUGCAGUGAAAACACUUCAAUAUCAAAGUUAUGAAUUAACACUCUCAACUCAAUCCAUCAUUUCAAAUAAUGAAUUACCAAUUAGAAAUAAGAAAUUAUCUUUUCAUUUAUUUAAACAAUAUCUUUCCAAGUUCACCAUGACCACUACUACAAGUACUUUUAAUAAUACCAUGACCACUAAUACCUCCAUUUAUAAUACUACAACUUCUACGACAACUCCUACGACAACUCCUACGACAACUCUUAAUAAUAAUUCCAAUUCAACUCUCCUUUCAUCUCUACCACUCUAUCGAUAUGGUAUUCAAUUACAAUGGUAUCCUCCAUCUCCAAAUAUUUUAACAUUUAAAUAUAAAGUGUAUUUCAGUACAACGAACAGUAUUUGUAAUUUAGAUACAUUAUGUGGAAUGUUAUCUGGAAAUUGUAAAGAAUUAAGUGGAUCUGAAUUUUAUUCAUAUUCCUUAUAUGCUGGUUCAGAUUAUUUGAAUCAAACAUUUUUUUUACCUUUAAAUUUUGAUGAUACAGAAAUUGCUCAUUUAGAUCUCAAUGUGGUCGUAUUAGAUUCAAGUAAAUUUGGAUUAGCAAAUCAAUAUGGAUUAUAUAAUUCAACACAAUAUGAUUCAAGACAUUCCAAUUCUUCCAAUUACACUAAUUUAAUUAUUUUCAUGGUAUUUAUUGUGACCAUACCGACAUUUAUUUUGAUUUUAUUUGCAUCCUGUUUGGGAGUUUAUUUUUGUCAAAAGAAAAAGAGUUCAAUAUCGACCACUGAAAAUGAUGUACUCACUGCUUCAUUGAAUCACCGUUAUGGAGCAAGUUCUUUUGAUCCUGUUGGAAUGAGUAGUAGUAGUAGUAAUGGUCGUCAUGGUCGUCCUCAUCAUAGUAGUAGUAAUAGUAAUAAUAAUAAUAAUAAUAAUAGUAGAGGUUAUAAAAAAGAGACCAACAAUGAAAUUGAUAGAUAUCAAUACAACGUUGUGUAUUAA